GGUGUUCUCUGGAAAGUUAGUUUUGGAUAAGAGAAAGCCUUCUCUGGAUAGCAACAGUAAUGCUCAACAGACGUCUUCUGAUAUUGCUAGUCAAGAAGCUGUAGAUGCCAAACUAACUAGCAAAGUUUUGGCCUGGGGAUCUAAUGUGCUGCAACUUGAUGAUGUCAUUUCGGCACUUCACUGUUCACUCAUACCCAUUGAAAAAGGCUCCAUGCGGCUUUUUGUGUUUUGUUAAAUCUCGAAGAAUUAGGAAGGAUUUCCGUUUUGUGGCAUCUACUGUAGAAGAAGCAGUUCAAUGGGUUGGUGGCUUUGCUGAUCAACAGUGUUUUGUGAAUUGUCUACCUCAUCCUUUGUCGUCCACGAAGAAGCAAGCAUCUGCAGAAUUACUUCCUACUGAUACACCUCCUGAAUUGCUUUUUAGAUGUAAAAGUCCACCUAAGAUGCUUGUGAUAUUAAACCCUCGCUCAGGUCGAGGUCGUUCAAGUAAAGUUUUCCAUGACAUUGUUGAACCAAUAUUUAAGCUUGCAGGGUUUCGAUUGGAGGUAGUCAAAACUACAUCUGCUGGUCAUGCUAAAAAGCUUGCAUCAAGUGUCGACAUCAGCUCUUGUCCUGAUGGAAUUAUAUGUGUAGGUGGAGAUGGGAUAAUCAAUGAGGUUUUAAAUGGUCUUCUUAGUAGAGAUAAUCAAAAGGAAGGAAUAUCUAUACCAAUUGGAAUUGUCCCUGCUGGUUCUGAUAAUUCACUUGUAUGGACUGUUCUUGGUGUCAGAGAUCCAGUUUCUGCAGCAAUGGCAAUUGUUAAGGGGGGGCUCACUGCUACUGAUGUUUUUGCUGUUGAAUGGAUUCAGACUGGAAUUAUUCACUUUGGAUUGACAGUCUCAUAUUAUGGUUUUGUAAGUGAUGUAUUGGAACUGUCUGAGAAAUAUCAGAAGCGGUUUGGUCCACUGAGAUAUUUUGUUGCUGGGUUCCUCAAAUUCUUAUGCUUACCGAGGUACAGUUAUGAAGUGGAGUAUCUUCCAGUGAUUAAAGAUGAGAGAGAAGGAAAGCUUUCCGUUGAUAAGGAAGCAGUUGACAUGUCUGAUCUAUACACUGACAUAAUGGGAAGAUCAAACAAUGGAAUACCCAGGGCAUCUAGUCUCUCCAGUAUCGACUCAAUAAUGACUCCAAGUCAUUUGUCUGGGGACCUGGAUACCGGUCUUACACAUGCUAACUCUGAGCCUUCUGAGUUGGUACGUGGUUUAGAUCCAAAGUCAAAGCGCCUAUCAUCUGGAAGGAGCAAUGUAACAGCAGAACCAGAAGUCAUCCAUCCCCAGCUGCCUCUUUCAACAACUCCUAAUUGGCCAAGAACCAGAUCGAAGUCAAGGACUGACAAAGGAUGGAGUGGACUGACUGUUACUACCACACAUGAUAACUCUCGGUGCUCAUGGGGCAAUGCUGCAACACAUGAUAGAGAGGAUAUAUCAUCAACACUGUCUGAUCCUGGUCCAAUCUGGGAUACUGAACCAAAGUGGGACACCGAGCCUCAUUGGGAUGUGGAAAAUAAAAUUGAGUUGCCCGGUCCAUCAGAUGAGACUCGAACUGAAUCCAAAAAGGAGGUUGUGCCCCACUAUGAAGACAAAUGGGUUAUUUCCAAGGGACAAUUUCUUGGUAUUAUAGUUUGCAAUCAUGCUUGCCGAACUGUUCAGAGUUCUCAGGUUGUUGCUCCCAAUGCUGAGCCUGAUGAUGGAUCUUUAGACUUGCUUUUAGUCCAUGGAAGUGGAAGGCUGAGACUGUUGAGAUUCUUCUUGCUUCUACAGAUGGGUCGACAGCUUUCACUGCCAUAUGUUGAAUAUGUCAAGGUAAAAUCUGUGAGGAUAAAGCCUGGGAAGCACACUCAUAAUGGAUGUGGUAUUGAUGGUGAGCUUUUCCCACUCGAUGGCCAAGUCGUUUCUUCACUACUUCCAGAACAAUGCAGGUUAAUUGGUCACUCACAUGAUACCUCUUUCGCAUAACCUCAAGUUCUUUUCAAUUCCUUUUUGUCUGUCUUGUAACAUGAUCAUGUCUUUUCGCUGCUGUUAUUGAGUUUGUGGAUAGUACUACAAAUCCGGAUGCCCUAUUUGUCAUCAUCAUCAUCAUCUAUCAUAACCCCUUUCACUGAACAGCUGAGCUCUGUAAAUUUCAUGUUCCGGUUAUAUGUAUUGUUGGUUGCUGCUUACUUUACCUUUUUUUGUCUUCCUGUCACUAAAAGAAAAGCUGCCUUCUUUUCCUGGCUUUCAAUGAGCUGCUCUUUGUACUUUGUGGGGCCCAUUCGUAUAAGUUCUGCAGGUGCUCAUCCGAUUUUCAUUUGAAAGCCUUGCAUUUUUUAUUUUUUUUUUGGGAGCAAGAGAAAGCUUUGCAUUUGUUUCUCAAUGUGUAGUCAUUAUUAUUAUCAUUAUUAUUUUAAUCCCAUACCCGAUCCACACAAUUUGAGUUUAUAUGUAUCUUGUUGAUCCUAUCUAAACGUUCUCUUAAUCUGUAGUCUGAAAUAA